GAUUUGCUUAGUUCACGCUUAGAUGAGAGACGGAACGGUCGCGAUGUAUUUGCUAAUUGAUAUACUUCUUAGUGUUAUUUCGUAUUGCCACUGUUAUGGACAAGCGAACCCUCAUACUUUUUAUUAUUUCGCUUAUGGAAGUAAUAUGCUGGACAGAAGAAUACAUUUAAGAAAUCCUACUGCAGAAUUUUAUUCCCCGGCUGUGUUAAAGGGGUACAGAUUGGAUUUCAACCUGUACGUGCCGUCGUGGCGCGGCGCCGCGGCCACUAUAGUCACCGACCCCGGCAGCUCCGUGUGGGGCGCCGUCUGGAUCAUAGAGAGGAAGCAGAUGUAUCGCCUUGACGAGCAAGAAGGUGUACACCUAAGGUGGUAUGUCCCAAUAAAUGUUACCGUCACCACGCCUCAAGGAAGAGACCUCAUUGCAAGAACCUACAGAGAAAUCAUUCUUCUUCCCAAACUGAGCGAAGGUGAGACACUUCCACCGGCCCGGAGACCGUCAAACACGUACUUACAGGUGAUGAUUCUAGGAGCAUAUGAAGCUGGAUUGCCUCCGCAGUACAUCGGAUAUCUUCACACAUUCCCCACCAAUGGAAGGAUUGCCGAUAGCCAUAUACGAAACAAACUAGGCUAUCCCUUCAAUGUAUCUUUAUGAUCCUCUUAGAGUAAUGUAAA